AUGACCGUCUCAAAACCCCAACCGCCGCCCCUCACCUUCCGCACCGCCACGCCCUCCGACAUCCCGGUGCUCCUCCCUCUCAUCCGCUCCGCCUACCGCGGCGAGUUCUCCCGCAAGGGCUGGACCACGGAGGCGGACCUCGUCGCGGACCAGCGCAUCGACGAGGCCGGUCUGCUCGCCAAGAUCACCGAGCCCGACGGUGUUGUCUUUUUGGUCACGGAGGAUACGGGGUCAACCGCGACCACAACACCCGCCUCACCGACCAAGACGGCAACACCCACCAAGACAACAGCACCGCCCGCCCUCUCCUGCUGCGAACUCCUCCGCCGCGCCGACGGCGCCGUGGCCUACUUCGGCCUCUUCGCCGUCGACCCGGAGCGCCAGGCCGGCGGCGUCGGGCGGCGCGUGCUGGAGCACGCGGAGCGGUUCGCGGUCCGCGAGUGGGGCGUGCGCAGGAUCGAGAUGUGCGUCAUCUGGAGCCGCGCGGAGCUCAUCGCGUGGUACGAGCGCAGGGGGUACGUCAGGACGGGGGAGACGAGGGCGUUUCCGUACGAGCAGCUCGUCGGGGGCGAGGCGUUGAGGGAUGAUUUGUAUUUUGUCGUGCUGGAGAAGGAGUUGAGUGUGUAG